AAGAUGCCACUUCUCGGGGCUGCUUACCGGAAUGUUAUCGCCAUAUUAUCAUCACUCAAUGAAAUUACGGUGUUCGUCGAAAGCGAAAAGACUCCUCUGGCGACAUUGGAGAUUGAGCUCGAGCCGUCAGUGAUUGGGCUUGGUCCAAAGCAUGUUGCUAUCGCGAUGAACAAUCGCGCUUGGUUCUAUGAAAUCACCGAAAAAACAGGUAAGAAUUGCGUCAACACUGCUUCAGCUUCCAGAUUCCUCUUAUCCGCCCCCUACGCGAAUUUCGUUAGGGCGGAAAUCUUAUUUUUCAUGAGAUUCUUCAAAUCGUAA